UUUGUCUUGUAUACACGACUCAAAGGCUCCUACUAUGGAAGCCCAGACAAGAAGUAGCAGUGGUUGGUUAGAGCCCGACAUUAGCCCGGGCACUCUUACCGAACUUUGUAAAAAACUUGGAGCCAAAGGUGUCCAAGUUGAAGAACUAAUGUCGGCUGAUACUGAAACGUUGGACUUCAUAUCACCUGUUUUCGGAUUUACUUUUCUAGUCCACUACACUCCAAACAAGUACCACAAGGAUGACAUGGUUGUUGUGGGCGGCGACAUCUAUUUUGCCAACCAGCUAGUCAACAACGCAUGCUCUACACAAGCUAUCUUGUCUAUACUCCUCAAUUGCGAUGAUAUGCUUGAUAUUGGCGAUGAUCUUCGUUCUUUCCGAGAUUCUACCAAGGAGUACAGUCCUCUAUUGAAAGGAAGCGCCAUUCGAGAUGAUUCAAACAUACGAUCCGCGCAUAACAGUUUGGCAAAGCAUCAGGAUACAGUAGACGAAGCAGCCAAGUCAUCCGACACAGAUGAAGAUACCAUGUUUCAUUAUGUCAGCUACGUUCCUGUUAGUGGAUACAUAUGGGAACUGGACGGGCUUAAGCGAGGUCCAGGCCGAAUAGCACCCUUAGCGGAUAAAAGUUGGUUGGAUGUGGCAGGACCCGAGCUUCAACGGAAAAUGGAGCUAUAUUCUAAAAGUCGGAUCAACUUUACAUUAUUGGCGGUUAUCAAGAGUCGAGAAUUAGUGUAUGAAGAUAGGCUACGAUCGAAAAGGCGGUUAAAACUAGCCAUUGAAACAAAGCUGGAUACCCUUGACACAGAAUGGCGCUCAAAGUGUAAUUUUGAUCAAUGGGAAGAAGAAUUCCAUUUCACAAUAUCAGAGAUUCAAAAGCAAUACCAGUCAGAUACAAUGUCAAAGCCAACGCGAGACGUUAUAGAGGAUUUAGCUGUGCUAGGGAACAGUCCUGACCCAUCGAAAAUAGAGGGUUGGUCUGUACCAUCUAGCACCCCAAGUAGUUUACGAACCAAAGAAGAGCAGGCUUUUCAAGAGAAUAUGGCAUAUGUUGCUGAAAGCCAUGACCCGCGACUAAUGAUUGACAUGUGGUUACAAAUUCAAGAAGACUGUGUCAGGCUUCAUGAAGCGAUUGCGCAGGAGGAGGAAAAAAUGACAAAUAGACAGCGCGAAUCCAGUUUGAGGCAUCGUCCAUACUCUGAAUUUAUCAAUGCAUUUCUUGCUAAAUUACACCAACAGGGCCAUUUGCACCGCAUGCUUUCACAGCCUUUCCCUACCGAGUAAAUCCUCCACCUCACUUGCAUCCCUCUUACGCAUACAUCUUCUGUUUCCUUGACUUUUUUUUUUUUUCCUUUCGCGCAUUUUGACCUUAGGUCCACUUUGCAUCUAUGACCUGUACAGAACCCUCCUUCUUCUAAUCCCCUUUCUUUUCGCCAAAAUACGACUUUUUCACCUUCGUUUUCACACCACCCCAAUUAUUUCUUUCUUGUUGUCUUUCAUGUUUCUUCUUACCAUAUGCCUUUCUUCGUUUACUUAGUUUUAUGACCGC